AUGAAUGGCCACAUCGUCGCUCAAGGUUCCACACAGUUCUCCUUGGACGAUGUUGAAGUCGUCACAGCUACGAUCGAUAUCGAGGACGUGCGCUCACAUCGCACAUCCCGCAGCCGCGCGUUCCAGGCUGCCCGUUCUGAGGCUUUUCAUCGGAUUGAAGUGCCAUUUGCACUUUCAAGUGGAAAGUUUGGCGAUACAGAUGGGGCGAUGGCCCUGGGUAUCCGGGCCAAGCUUUCUGGGGCAAGGUUUCAUGCUCCAGAGGAACGGAUAGCCUUGCUGGCUCUGGGACUACCUCAGGCGCUCCCGUAUACGGGGAUACGUGUCCUUCUCAGCGGAGGUAUUUAUUCCUGCGCUACAGCUGUGAUAGUAUAUUCCAUGUGCCACCUCGUGGCUGAAGCUGCACGCAAGGGAGACAGGCAAGUCAUUCUUGAUGCAAGACGAAUGGUCGGAGAGCCGGAAGACUCGGUUUAUACACCUUUGGACCUGCAUGAGUUCUGCAUCAAGAUCUUCCACACGCGUUACAUGGGCGCCAAGAACUCUAGCGCAGAAACGAGAAAGAGGGCCAAGGACCUCUCAGAAGACUUGAACAUGGACUCGGACGCCCUUGUCACCUCUGUCCGUGACCUGUUCGCGUUCGUUACUGGUAUGCGACCUCAGUUCAGAGCCCAUGGCGGAUCCGGUGCGGAGAAUUUGGCACUACAGAACAUCCUCUCCGCGGCUAUUUCACAAAAUACGUCGUUCAGCAGUAAGACUGAUCUCAAGAAGUUCAUUGCCUACGCUCGGGAUGCGUUUGAAAUUACUAUCUUGAACGAUUUUUUGACCGCUAUACCUACCGCUGAGCUAGAGCCAAUUUCAGAGGCGUAUGUCCAAGCGGAUGAGGUGGACGUGGGCGUGAGGUAUGAUGAACUAUCAGUCUUUGGUCGUUUCCGCAAAGUGGAGAAGCGUGGACCAUACGGCAUGUUCACGAAGCUGGUGCGCGAGUGGGGCUCAAUCCCGUCUCCCGUUCAAGUCAGUGCGAGUCAAGCAUAA